AUGGAUGACUUUCAAGUGAUUGAAUCCAAUCCUUUCUUUGAAGCAACUGUUCAGCUGGUUCGACCAACAGACAGUGGAACCGAUAUCUCAGUCCUGUUGUCAGUGUCGACUAAUCUGCCCCAGUACGCUCGCAAAAACUAUUCACUUACCCGAACACUCUCCGAGUUUGACCGUCUACAUUUGCAUCUCAUGAAUACUAGUCCAGAAUAUAUUGGUCCAGCAGCUCCUCCAAAAUCAGCUAAUCUAGAACUUGUUCGUACUGCAUUAGAACGUUUCUUGCUUCGUCUUUCUCGACAUGAGCAGCUUAGAAUUGCUGAUGGUACUCGUUUAUUUAUUGAAAGCGAGUUUAUUUUUGCUCCAGCACAAUCUCCUCCGGUAGUACGACGAGUAAAAGAACAAAAAUCUCUUUUUUCAUUUGCAUUGGCAACAGAAGCAAAAGAAAUCGAUGUUUAUUUUGAAAAUGCCAAACAGGAAAUUCAAGCCUGUGAAGCAUAUUUUUCUGCUAUUGGCCGUAUCAAUGAAAAGAUUGCUAUAGUUUUGUCAGAUAUUGGUCGAUCCUCUGUGGAUGUAUCAUAUAAAUUAGCAACUGUAGGAAUAGACCAAAUUCCUGUAGCUGCUGUUCCGUUCCAAAAAACUGCAAAAUGUUUUGCCGUCGAGGAUGAAGUUCUUGCAAAUGAGCUUCAUAUGCUCCAGAUCAACUAUCGCCAAAAUGUGCUGAAUGACCAGUGUUUGCUUUUGCUUCGUAGUAAUAUGGGAGCACAGACUUCUCUUAAUCAUCGUAGCAGCGCACUGGUAUCAUAUGAAGCAAGCUGCAAAAAUACACAAAAGAAAAUGCAAGCGAUGGAGCGACUUCGCACAUCUAGUAGUAUUCGACAAGACAAAGUUGAUGCAGCUUUGGAUGAACUGGCAGAUGCAAAACGGACUGAAUCAGAUUGCCGUGAUACAUUUAAACGACUAAGCGACUCAUUGAGAAAAGAGUAUACUCGCCACAUAUCUGAGCGCGCGACAGAUCUGUCUUCUAUUUUAGAUGAUUAUGUUCAGCACCAACUUGAUUUCAGCAAGCAAUUGCUUACGUAUUGGAAAACAGUGUGA